GUCGGACGAUUUAUAUUGACGCACAACAACAAGCACUUGUCCCUUUAAACGAAUCGCUGGGAUUUAAACAUAUUCUUUAAAUAUACGAUUUAUUUACAGGUGGACGGAUAGAUGUCUGAAUCACAAGAACAAAGUCAAACAGCUGAAGAGCCUGAGACACCUGAACAACAGCCAGAUUCUGACGACAGCAGUGAGGAAGGCGACGCAUCAGGAGACACUGAAAUGGAUUUCUUGCGUAAUCUCUUCUCUCGGACACUCGGCCUGAGCCCUGGAGAGAAAGUCCUUGACGAACUGAGCCUUGAUGGAGUUGCUCGUUAUAUACAGAGUGGUAAAUGCAAGAAUGUUAUCUGUAUGGUGGGUGCAGGAAUAUCAACCUCGGCCGGAAUCCCUGACUUCCGCUCUCCUGGAACUGGCCUCUAUUCCAAUCUGCAGAAAUACAACCUUCCAUACCCAGAGGCCAUCUUUCAGAUCGAAUACUUCAAGAAACAUCCAGAACCUUUCUUUGCUUUGGCCAGAGAGCUCUAUCCAGGACAGUUCAAGCCCACUGUGUGUCAUUACUUCAUGAGGAUGCUAAAAGAUAAAGGCAUCCUCAAACGCUGCUAUUCACAGAACAUUGAUACUUUAGAGAGAGUGGCAGGGCUUGAAGGAGAGGACCUGAUUGAAGCCCAUGGAACCUUUCACACGUCACACUGUGUGAGUUUCCCCUGCCGGAAGGAGUACAGCAUGGAGUGGAUGAAAGACAAGAUCUUCACUGAGGACAUUCCUAAGUGUGAAGCCUGCAACAGUCUGGUCAAACCUGAUAUCGUGUUCUUUGGGGAGAAUCUACCAGCUCGAUUCUUCAGCUCAAUGAAAAAGGAUUUUCCUCAGUGUGAUCUUCUUAUCAUAAUGGGCACGUCUCUGCAGGUUCAACCCUUUGCCUCUCUCGUCAGCAGAGUUCCCAAUAGCUGUCCUCGACUCCUCAUCAACAUGGAGAAGACAGGACAGUCAGAUUUUGCAAUGGGCUUGCUGGGAUUCGGAGGAGGAAUGGAUUUCGAUUCAGAUAAAGCCUACAGGGAUGUUGCACAUUUGAGUUCGUGCGAUGACGGUUGCUUGGCUCUAGCAGAGCUGCUGGGAUGGAAGGCUGAGCUAGAGGAGCUGGUGAAGCGUGAACAUGCUCUCAUUGACAGCAAAGAGGGAACAAAUAAAGGCGAGCAGAUGAAUCAGAGCUCUUCAGCCUCGGAGAAAGACGUCAAAAACACAGCUACUGAUAAAUCAAAGAAAUAAUUCAGAGUAAAGAAAUUAAACGCUGGUCCAUUUACUACGGUUUCUCAGAUUCUCUCAGAGAGACUUCUGUACCUUGUCUCUCUGGCUCUUGGAAUUUUUUGUCGUAUUAGAUAUACAACAGACAUAAAACCACUAAAAAACUAGGCAGAGCAGCAAUAUUCAUCACAUAAGCUAUUAAUUGUACCGUAUGCAUUGCGGCGAGACAGACGCAGGCGAUGGCGAAGCCCACAUGAUCGGUUCACCGUGAUCCUGAUGUGCUUUUAACAAUCAUUUGUCAUUUUAUUAUUAAGGAAUAUUUAUGCAUAACUUUCUCUGAUGAAGUGUUAUUAUAUGUACAGGAGGCUAUUUAAUACAGUUUCUUGACAGAUGAGAGGUGUUUUAUUUGCAAAAGGUGCCUGAGGGAUUUAUUAAUGCUUAUGGAAAUAUGUGUACAGCUUUACUAAGGCAAAAAACCUGCAAGUGAUUGAUUAUAGAGUGAAAUAAAAAAAACAUUAAAUAACUUCACUUUAUGUCCAGCUAAAUAAAUAGCAGCUAGAUGAUAUGAUGGAGCUGCUUUAAUAGUAAGAAUACUUAGAAUUUGAUCAAGUUGAAGGAUGUAUUUGUCUUAGUCGGCAUUGUCUUUCUCUUGGUUAAUUAAAUUUAUUUAAAAUUCUAUUAAUGAAAUUAUCCAUUAUUGUAUCUAUGUUUAAUUUAAAUUUUCAUUUGCUUUAUUUUUUUUAUUUUUUUUCUUUGAAAUGUUGGUGUAUUUCCUGUGUCAUGAUUAUGCAAGAAAAUCUUAUUUGAAUCGUGUUGAAUCGUGUUGGAGAACCAGCAGAAAAUAAAAAUAAACACGUAAUUAUUGAA